AUGCUACAGCUGAAUGAAUGGUCACUGAAGGGUCUGCCCUUGGAUGAGUUGUCCAUACAAAAUGCGAUCAUUGCAACUUCUGCCCUCCGCUACUCACUCAUCAUCGAUCCGCAGGGUCAAGGCAAAAAUGGCCAAGACGAAGCUGUUGCGGCCUCUUUCCGAAGUGCUGAUCCUUUUUUUCCUUCCAACUUGUCGGUCAUCCUUCUUGGCCUCGAGGGCAUCCAGAAGCUGUCCGAUGAGAGGACGAGGUCCGUGUCCCACUCUCCUCUAAAGCAAGUGUACGGAACGGCUAACGCGCAAGAGGGUCGUGAGUUCAGUUGCACUUUCGAGCAGACAGGCUUUGCAAAAAAGGAGAGAAAUAGAAAGUGA